AAGGAUUUGAGGUGGCUUACAAAAGUAGCUCUCACUCAACGCAUGUAUCGGACCUUUUUAUAUUUGUAGUUAAAUACUGUAAAAUAAUUUAUGCUUUGUUGUGAUAAUGUAUGCACACGUUCUUACAGGCCCAUUUACACAUUCAGUGUUAAACUAAAACGGUCUUUUCAAACAGUCAAAUACCGUAAUGCUCCAAAUACAGGGGCGGCAGAUUAGACCACGCUAAGAAGGCUGCGGCUAGUCUUGUUUGGCUAAUUGAACGCUACAACGUGAUUUGGACCGUACGAGCUUGUGGAAACCUAAUGCGGCUGCAGAGUGCCUGGUCAGACAGUUUCACCAUGUGGGAUGAAGCAAAGGUCAACAUCGCACAAACAACAGCCUGCAGCUUUUUAACUAUCAUAUCGUCACCUCGUUAAGCCAUUCAUUGCCAUCGUUUCAGUCUUCUGAGCCACAAGAGGACGGAGGAGCUUAGAGGAAACCAGACCUUAAAGUUUUAACCCAGGCAGCUGGGUUUUUGCUUUUUGUUUUGUCAAUACAAGAAGGAACUCUGCGGUUGUUCGCACCAAACAAGGACUCACAUGCUGAGCUUGCAGCAAAGAACUCGACAAAAGACGCAAUGGUAGUCGACAAUAUGGCAGAAAGUGGGAGCCGAUCAGAAGAGGAGGAAGGGGUCCUCAGAAUGCCUGCAUCUGAAGACAAGGAAGGACAAGGAGACGGAGGGAUGGCUGUCUCUGCUUCUGAGGCCGAGUCUCCCUCUGACCACCCCCCAGAGGAACCCCAAGAACCCAGAAAGUGGAAGUUUGCUGUGAUAUUUUUGUGUUUCUAUGGAUUUAUGUCGUCUAUAAAGCCCGGGGAGCCUUUCAUUACUCCAUAUCUGCUGAGCUCAGAGCAGAACUUCACCAGAGAAGAGGUGACCAAUGAGAUCACCCCUGUGCUGACGUACUCCUACAUGGCCGUGCUGGUGCCAGCCUUCCUGCUGACAGAUCUUCUGCGCUACAAGCCGGUCCUGGUCAUCCAGGGCGUCAGUCAGGUGGUCAUCUGGCUCAUUCUGCUCCGGGGCAGUACCCUCCUUCAGAUGCAGUUAAUGGAGUUCUUCUAUGGCAUCACCAUGGCAUGUCGUGUGGCCUACUCUUCCUACAUCUUCUCCCUGGUCAGCCCGGUCCUCUACCAGCGUGUGGCUGGAUACUCGCGCUCCUCUGUCCUCUUGGGAGUCUUCACCAGCUCAGUGCUGGGUCAGCUCUGCUUGUCUCUGGGCAACAUCAGCUUCUACACCCUCAAUGCCAUAUCGCUGGGCUUUGUCAGCUUUGGUCUCCUGCUGGCAGCUUGCCUGCCCUGGCCUAAACGCUCUUUGUUUUUUAACCGGACACAGAAUCAGGAAAAAAAGGAGGCGGUAGCAGAACAAGCCACAGAAUCUGAACUAGACAAAAUAAACCCCAAAGUGCUCAAGUCGCCCACAGCCGCCCCCUCCUGCUCUACGUCACGCUGGAGGGACUCUGUCUUUGUGGGGAUGCUGCUAGAGGUGAAAAAUGUAGUGAAAAGGCCCAACCUGAGGCUCUGGUCCCUGUGGUGGAUUUUCAACUCCACGGGAUACUACCUGGUGCUGUUCUAUGUCCACAUUCUCUGGAACAAAGUCUACCCCGCCAGUGAUAACAAGAAGGUUUACAACGGGGGAGUGGAGGCAGCUUCUACACUACUGAGUGCCAUCAUUUCCUUCAUGGCUGGUUUUGUGAAAAUCCGCUGGAACCUCUGGUCUGAGCUGGUUAUUGGUGUCAUCACAGCUGUACAGGCUGGUCUGCUGCUGCUCAUGGUCAACACAGAUAACAUUUGGGUCUGCUACGUCUCGUACAUCCUCUUCAGAGGCUUCUACCAGUUUCUGGUGCCGAUUGCCACUUUCCAGAUAGCCUCGUCCCUCACCAAGGAGCUCUGUGCCCUGGUGUUUGGCAUCAACACAUUCCUGGGGACUGUACUGAAGAGCAUCAUCAACCUGAUAUUUAUUGACAAGAGGGGCCUCGCUUUUGAUGUGCAUGCCCAGUUCCUCGUCCACUUCAUUUACUUCACCUUUCUCACGGUGGUUUACUUAGUGUGUGCGGCUGUGGUCAUCGUCCGACACUAUCGGAGCCAGCAAAGGGGAGGAGGAGGCUCCAGUGACCAGGCGUCACCCACAGAGCUCAGCCCGGUGGCAGUCAACUUGGAGGUGGAACCUUUGUCUAAUGGCAAAAGUGUCAAAGCAUAACAUUGUCAAAUUUCUGAUCUUUACAUAUAGGUUUACUAUAGAUUUUGCUAAAAGCACUUCAGAAUCAGUGAGAUGAGUUGUUUGAACCGUCUCAUGUUGAAGAGCUUCUGUCAGUGUUAGUUGCUGAAACUUAAUCAUACAAGUGCCUCAUCGGCUGUAGAAAGCUCUUGCACUACAUGUCAGACAUGCUGUACAUGUCUACACAUGUUUUUGAUGUGUAACUGAAAAGAUUUUGAAAUUGUACUCUUCUACUUAAUGCAAAGCAUUAAGCGGUGCCAUGCUGUAUUUUUAAACAGGUUUCACAUGAGCGGGACCAUUUUAUGGCAGAAACUGUUCCUUCAAAAACUCAGUUCCUUCUAAUACUAAUACUCCAGUUGAUGCUGUUCAGCAGCAGUU